AACUCAGGUUUGAGGUUACCUUGUUUACUCAGAAUGGCCCAUAAAUAUGAAUCUCUCAGAAAUUUCCAAUAUAAUCUCACAGAAAAUUUACCCUAGCACUAGCUAGCCCUCUGCUUUUUCUGCUUCUGAUGUCGCUUGUUGGUUUCUCUUCCUCUCUCUCAGACUUCGUCGAAGUCUGUCUUUGUUUGUUUCUUUUUUCUGUAGUGGAUCUUUGUGGAAAGAGAGAUGAUCGUUUAGAAGACCUUUCUCCAGACUCCUUGGAUGACUUGAACGCAGGCUCGAACCCUUUUUCUGAUUUUUAUUACAAACAGUACUACUCCAGCGCAGGUGCUAAUUUUCUUCCUAUUUACAGUGAUUUUGAGAGCCAACUCUGUGUUCCACAAGACUCUUUGGACGACAUAGACAUGUUCCCAUCUUUUACAAAUGAUUCUAUAUCCAGCCAGGAUUUGUGUUCGGUUUUAGAGAGUCGAGAAGUCCUCUCGUUUGAUGACAUCAAUAUUCCAGUGACCCCGAAGCAAGAAUCGGAGGAAAUAAAGCGGAUGCCUUUUCAACUUUGCGAUCGUUUUAGUAAUGAAAACCAUGGCAGUAACGAACAGACUGACUUUAUAGACAUUAGUGGCGCCGGUAAAAAACCAAGGACCAAACAGCGGUGUGGGCGUUCAUCUGCGUCGUUGGACAUGAAAAGGAAAUAUUGUACUCAUUGUCAGGCAGAGAAGACACCGCAAUGGCGAGAAGGUCCAGAGGGACCUAAGACGCUGUGCAACGCAUGCGGGGUACGUUAUAAGUCGGGAAGGUUAGUGCCGGAGUAUCGUCCGUCUGCGAGUCCAACUUUUGAUGUUGGAAAGCAUUCGAAUUUUCACAGGCAGAUAUUGAAAUGGAGGAGGCCGAGUAAUACUAAUGUUAAAUAGCUAGAGGCUUUACGUUUAGCUAAAAAUGCAUUGUGCAUGCAUGUCUCAUCCUUGGACGUGGGUUUUGUUAGAAUUUUUAGAUUUAUACUUGGGGUUUUCGGUCAGACCUCGUUAAUUCUAUAUUCCUUUUAGAAUAAUGAUUAGUAAUUUGUCAUAAAUAUGUUA